GGGAGGAGCUUACAGGGCUGCAAGGUUGAUACAGUGUUGAAAGUUUGUGUUGAGUUUGAUUGAGUUCAGUUUCCGCUGAUCUGAUCAAUAAUGAUCGAUAUGAUCGACAGGUAUCAGAUCUGAUCACCUGCUGCUGAAGAAAAGAGGUGUGGCGUUUGUCCACCUGGUCCACCAUGGCGUCAGACAGCAGCAGUCCACAGAUGGUGUUUGAUGAGCCGGAGGUGAUCAUGGAGGACGGGCAGGUGUACCGUAACCCGACGGAGGUGAAGAUGAGCCAGAUAGUGCUGCCGUGCCACGCCAACCACCGUACAGAACUCAGCGUCGGUCAGCUGCUCAAGUGGAUGGACUCCACCGCCUGCCUGUCCGCAGAGCGACACGCUGGAUGCUCCUGUGUAACGGCUUCUGUAGACGACAUCCUCUUUGAGCGCACCAUCAGUGUUGGACAAGUGGUGAAUAUCAGGGCUAAAGUGAACCGGGCUUUUAACACCAGCAUGGAGGUUGGUGUAAUGGUGAGCUGUGAGGAUUUAUAUAGUAACAGCCACUGGAAGGUCUGCCAGGCCUUCGCCACGUUCGUAACUCGAACCACCGGAACAGAGAAGGUGCAUCUGAAGCAGCUGGUGCCGUUCACUCAGAGAGAGCAGGUGGAGUACAGCGUGGCGGCGGAGCGGCGCAGGAUGAGGUUACUGCACGUCGACAUCAUGAAGGACCUGCUGAACAGCACCACCUUCCAGAGGAGCAUCGAUGAGGACGACGGAGACGGUCAGGAUGAAGAGAAGGAAGUCUCCACAGAGAAAACCCGAGUGGAGAGUGUAGAGCUCGUACUGCCGCCUCACGCCAACCACCAGGUCAGCACGUUCGGGGGUCAGAUCAUGGCCUGGAUGGAGAACGUCGCCACCAUCGCUGCCAGCCGUCUGUGUAACGCCCAUGCCACCCUGAGGGCCAUCGACAUGUUCCACUUCAGAGGCCCCUCCCAGGUGGGAGACCGUGUGAUCCUGAGGGCAAUCGUUAAUAACACCUUUAAGAACAGUAUGGAGGUGGGCGUGUGUGCGGAGGCGUAUAUGGGGGAGGAGCCUCAGAGACACAUUAACAGUGCGUUUAUGACGUUUGAGGUGCUGGAUAAGGACGGGUCGCCACGCCUGCUCCCCCCAAUAUCCCCCGAACCCAAGGAUGGAAAGAGGAGAUUUCAAGAAGCUAUCGCCCGAAAGAAGAUCAGACUGGACAGAAAAUACAUCAUCUCCUGUAAACACACUGAAAUGCCUCUAUCUGUCCCCUGGGACCCCAGCAACCAGGUGUAUCUCAGCUACAAUAACGUGAUCGCGCUGAAGAUGCUGGCGGCCAAAAACAAGUGGGUUCUCAGCUCUAAGAAGAACAACGUGAAGCUGUUCACUCUGGAGGAGAAUCAGACGCUGAGUUUUCGGGUUGAGUCUGAGGUGAAUGUUCCAGCAGCUCGAGUGUUUCUCCUGCUCUCCGAUCUCAACCGCAGACCAGAGUGGGAUAAAAACUACCACAGGCAGUGUGAGCCGGUGGUGAACGUGGAUGAGGAUGAUGUGAUCUAUCGGGUGGUCACUCGAUCGGUCAGUGCGGGGGGGAGAGAGCAGGACUUUAUCCUGCUGGCCUCCAGGAGAGCGCCCUGCGACCGCGGAGACCCGCAUGUGAUCGCCCUGCGCUCCGUCACCCUCCCCACCCACCCCCCCACCGACUGCUUCACCCGCGGGGAGACGCUCUGCGCCGGGUUCACCAUCCACCAGCUCUCCCCCUCCGCCUGCAGGAUUAAUUAUUAUAAUCAGACGAGUCCGGGGGUGGUGCCGUACAUCGCCGCCGACAUCGCCGGCCUGUCCUCCAGCUUCUGCUCCAUCUUCCUCUCCUGCCACCAGUUCCUGAUGAAGAACAGAACCGGGAGCUCCGAGUCCUCCAGCACCGCCCUGUAGAGCCCAGCUCCUCCACUACUGCAUUAAUAUAUUAAUAUAUACAUUAAUAUAUAUUAAUACAGAUUAUACUGUAUUAGAGUACAACACUAGACGGGUGAUUCGGGCAUUAGUGUCAUUUAAUAUGGGAAAAUGGUACUUUUUUAUUAGGAGAAAUAUUAAUUUUUACUAAAUCUUUAAAAAUAGAUUUGUUUACAUAUUACUUAUAGUGAUGAUGUGUGAGUGUGUGUAAGUGUGUAAAUAUCAUACAUUUUAAAAACGACCCAGAUGCAAAUUAUUAUGUUUUGAUGUAUUUUUUUUAUUAGCUUUUAAAUUAUUACAAAUUAAGUAAUAAAAUCAGCAAUAUUUAUAUUGCAAAUUAUAAUGACUUUUUUAAUAGAAUAUAAUACAACAAAACGCAAUAAAUUAAAAAUACACAGAAAUACA